UGGUUUGUUUACAUUCGGCCCGCCAGUCAGUCAGACAGCCAGUCUUCCAACUGUAUAGAUUCUCACUGCGCGCUACUUCUCUCUCUCUUCUGCCAAUACUUCUGUUUAAGUAGCUUGGCAGCGAAACUUAGAUAUUUUUUAUAUCUGCUUCUGGAGCAGGACAUAAAUAGCCUAUUGUUGGCAUAUUUAGUUCUUGUUUCUGUUUUUACUGCUGUUUCUGUAUUAUCUCGCUGGCGGUCUCUUGUCCGAAAUCCAAGAUUACUGGACAAAUAGCAGAUCAGAUCACCUCUGACUGUUUGAUAUAUGUCACACCCACAGACCAGCAACUUGAAACGGAAAUCGAACUUCCCUUCAGCGCCAUCCCCGUCACCAUCAAACCCAUCGGCGCUUCGUUCUGAUCGCGCAGAGAGCCUUUCGAUCCCUCCCUCUCUUCCCCCAGACGGUAGCCAAAUUGACGCUACUCUACUGCUUAACCCGCGAACUAUGUCUAAUAUCUCAUGCUUGCUCCAGUCUGAUCUGCCGGCAUAUGAACUCCCCGCGAUCCAAGAAACAUCAAAGCAGACCGAGUGUACCACAUUGCAGCCUUCGACGUCUUUGAGGUUGGAGGUAAUGUCUGGUAACGGGACAGUGAACGGAGCCGAGCUGGCGCGGGCGCGCGAGCUCCAGGAGCUACAUGAUCUGCUUGAAGAUACGGAGCUUGUACAAUUUGUGAGGAUUGCUGAUUGGACUGUUGAUGAUCUUAGUAUUUUGAUCCGGGCUAAGAUGAAUGAUUUGUCUUGGCCAGUGAUUGCAGAUAUUAUCGGCGACGAUAGAACAGUAGGCGACUGCAAAGAGAUCUAUUUCAGACUCACUUUGUUCUGCAGGCGCAGGAGGGCCAUAAAUCAAACAUUGCAGUCGAUCGCAUCUUCUGCACAAAUUACUAGACUAGAGUCUCCGAUUGAGCCUCCAGCUCUGCCUUCGCAAAGAGAAGAUAAUGUUGAGGAAUCGCCCUCUGCUUCAGCCCUUCAAAUCGUCCAGUAUCAGUCCGCUGUGACAUCUCGCCCGGCCAGACAGCAAUCCCUUGCGAAAGUCUCACCUCAAAAAUCUCCUGCAAAGAAAACAGUCAGGAAGCGACGUGGGACUGGCAGUGCGACAUCACAAGUAAUCGCAACUGCUGCGUCAAACCUCGCAGCGGAGUCUUUGGAGUCAAAUGAUCGCCCAAAUCAAACCGCGGAGAUUAAAGGAGAGACAGAACAGACUCCCCAUCAUACAGCGCAUUCCGAGCUCAAUUCUGAGGAACAUCCUCCGGCGGCUCGGCCGUCUUUGGCUGAAAACUCAGCGAAGGAUACCGCUGCCGGGGCCGAGAAUUCUGCGGCACAGACAUUACUGUCUGCCGCAUCAAUCACCGAGACCGCGCCCGACAGUCUCAGCAGAAGUCCGAAUCAGAGAGCGGGUCAAAAGGUUACGGAGAAAGUAAGGGUCGUAUGCCCUCCUUCGACAUCAGGACAGCAAACCGAUCCUGCUGAGACAGGCUCGCAAGAGUUAUCAGGGCAAACCACGUCUUCCCAGCCAGGCCCUGAGGACUCCCCAAGGCAAACCACUCCAUCCCUGCCCGCUACCGAGAAACCUCUAGGACGAACCACCCCGUCCCAGCCAGUGACUGAGGAAUCCUCAGGACACAUGUUUGGGUCUCCAUUUAAUGACCUGGAGUCAAUCGCUGUCGAGUUCCCGGCAGGCGCACGAGUCAUCCGGGUCAGCGCUAUCGAUGAGACGUCCAGCGUAUCCAAAAAUGAAGUGCCUGAAGUGCCCGAGACUCUGAGAGAAGUUGAGCUCAAUAGCGGUCCAUCCGUGAUUGAACGGCCAGUUGGCGAAUCGCCGCAGAACAAGGAAAUGAGCUCCGCAUCGGGCCGUUCGCAGGCUGCAGCUGAUAGUGGUACCGAUGUCACAAAAAGGUUUACCCUUAUGUCUAAAUUUCAAACUCCAAUUUAUGCGACUGUUCGCUCAGGAGAGAUAAGUCUUUCCAGAUUUCCCGAAAAGCUCUCACUUGAGCUUCCGAAGAAGGAUCUUCCAGAACAGAAGGCGGACGACACAAGUUCUGUAGAGUCGAAAUCCAUUGAGAAGCCAGAGUUCAAGAAACCGUCGAUAGCCAAGCCGCCAAAACUGCCAUUGCUCUCGACCAUGCGUCCUCCGCGGUCACUUUUAGCAAUCAGAGAUGUGGAUGACUCGAGAGGCGAGUCUUCUCUUCACGGGUUUAGCUGGAAUCGUAACGAGACCAUAACUCGCAGAAAGAAGUCUACGAAAAACGAGCGGAGUCGGCAGAGUGUUAUUCGUAUGAUCAGAGGGGAAGAGGAACCGGGAUCGACUCGGCGUGAGAGAGUUGAUUAUGACGGUGAUUCAUUUGAGGAUGCUGAGACGAGAACUGAUGUUGAUGAUGGGGAAGUGGAAGACGAAAGAUUGGAUACUGAUGCCACAAUAUCUGUGCCCGAUAGCAGCGUGGACGAAGACUCUGAGAUCGAGAGCGGACGAGCUAACAUAGUGCACGUUGAUUUCUGUGAUUAUAGGACUAAUACUGAGAUCUAUUUAUUGGGCAGUGUGCUAACUCGAUGUAAUCUACAGGAAACCGAUGGGCAACGCUAAACUCAACAACAUCAUGAGAGACAAAGACCUGGUGUCUACGAUCGUGACGCUUCGUAACGAAAACAACAGGUUUUCGGCACUAGCACACGUUCUGAGUGACUAUAGCGCGACCGAACGCUUGACCGCCGAUUUGAUUGAGAAAGUCUACAAGCGCGCGACCAGAGGGUUGACGUCUGCUACUG